UUUGUAAUUUUGUUUAUUUGAGUAGGAACUAAAAUGUGCGGUUUACAUUUUUUAUUGCUUAUUAUUAAUAUGUAAAGUUAUAUUUUGGAUAUAUAAAUUUCUUUAAAAAAAUAAUUUCAAAGGAGUGCAUGAAGCUUUGUGGCCGAAUAACACCAGAAUAUUUUCUGUAAUAGUUUGUAUAAUGAAUAAAUAGAUUUCUAAUAAAAGCGGAAACGAUUAGCAAAAAAACACCUCACACAAAAUGGUCCAUGAAGACUCUGCUCACUUACAGAUACAGCACUAUUCGGCUUGGACGCAAAUGAAGCAAGCAAUAUCAGGAGCGGCCUCGGGGUUUAUAACGCGAACGUUCACUCAACCCCUGGAUGUACUUAAGAUACGCUUUCAGUUACAAGUGGAACCAGUCGCUACAAGUGGCGUCAGUCAAAGCAAAUAUACCUCAAUUGCGCAGGCUUGCCGACUCAUUUAUCGCGAAGAGGGCCUAUUGGCUUUUUGGAAGGGCCACAAUGCCGGGCAGAUCUUGACCAUGACAUAUGCAAUCAUGCAAUUUUGGUCGUACGAACAAAUCGACUUAAGGUUAAGACAAUAUCCAUACAUGAGUACACGUACGAAUUUUACACAUUUUGUAGCGGGCGGUUCGGCCGGUUGCUUGGGUGCCAUUGCCUCUAUGCCAUUUGAUGUGAUUCGGACACGUGUAGUGGGGCAAGAUCAUAAUCAGAGGCACAGUAGCAUGUUUCGUUUAUUGCCAAUUAUCGCCAAAGAAGAAGGUGUGCAGGGUUUAUUCCGCGGUUUGGGUACAACUCUCCUUCAAAUAGGUCCGCUAAUAGGUUUCAAUUUCAUGUUUUAUCAUUACAUUAUUGAUCUCGUAACAAAAAUGUCGGGCCACGAUCAUCAGAAAUUGUCCAUUGCGACCAGUCUGUUAACUGGGGCUGCAUCGGGUGUAUUAUCUAAAGUUAUUCUAUAUCCUUUAGAUUUCAUUAAGAAGCGUUUGCAAUUGCAAGGCUUUCUUAAUGCUCGCCGCUCUUUCGGUCACAAUCAAACUUGCCAUGGUAUUAUUGACUGCAUGAAAAAGACUCUUCAAGAAGAAAAAAUAAGCGGCUUUUACAAAGGCAUGUAUCCGACACUUAUGAAAUCGGGUCUGACUACCGCGUUCUACUUUAGCAUAUAUGACGCCUUCAAAGAGCUUCUAAAAGUCGAUGAAGAUAAGACACUAGCAGACUAAAAGAGACUUGGAAUAUACAUCAAUACGCACGCACAGACCGACAGGAACGACUGGUCAUGUUUGUUGCAAUGAAAUUCCUUAACUUAAGCUAUAAUAUUUUUCUUCUUACAAAGUUUUUCUUUGUUUUUUUUUCAAAUAUUUUUUUAUUACAUUUAUUUUUAUAACGCGCUUCAGAGUAAAGAUAUUUAACAGGUAAUGAAUUAAAGAAUUUUAUAACGCGCAUUAUAUUGAAGAUUAUUACAGGUAAAGAAUUAUUAUGAACACUUAUUUGC